CUCGGGGAGUGCGCGCGUCUCCCCAUGUGGCGCGCUGCUGAGAUGGAGAGCCGCGUGAACUCCCCGUCUCAGCAGCGCGCAUCGGACAGCGCACGAGGAGCAGCAGCACAGUGAGGGGCGCCAGGACGCGGUGCUUUGACAGUUUUUGGAGUUCAUUGUUCCAUUGUAGAAUUCACGGCAAACAUCGGCACAAUCAUGGCGGGAUUUAACUUCUUAUCAUCGGCGAACGGCGCAGGUGUCCACGCGACCCGAGUGGACCCGAAGUGAGAAAUGGACUUUGCAGAAAUCCUUUUCGCGCUCUUUAUCGUGGUGGUCGCGGUGGUCUCGCUGUUGUCCAACUUGUCGGUGCUGCUAUGUUUCGUCCACAGCGCCGAGAUCCGCCGACAGGUGCCGGGCGUGUUCACCAUGAACCUGUCCUUCUGCAACAUCCUGCUCACCGUUCUCAACAUGCCCACCACAGUGGUGGGCAUCGUGCAGAACCGCCAGCCGUUCGGCGACUGCGCCUGCCACACGGUGAGCUUCCUGGACACCUUCCUUACCGCUAACAGCAUGCUGAGCAUGGCGGCUCUGAGCGUGGACCGCUGGGUCGCCGUGGUGUUCCCCCUCAGCUACGCCACUAAGAUGCGCUACAAGGACGCGGUGUUCAUGGUGUGCUACUCUUGGGCGCACUCGCUCACCUUCUCGCUCGUGGCGCUGCUCUUCUCCUGGGUGGAUUACAGCCACGUGUACGCCUCGUGCACGCUGCAGCUGCGCGAGGGGGAGCGAGACCGCGCGGGCUUCGCCGUGUUCACCGUGGCGUUCCACGCCACGAGCUUCGCGCUGUCGCUCCUCACGCUGUGCGUGGCGUACCUGAAGGUGCUGAAAGUGGCGCGCUUCCACUGCAAGCGGAUCGACGUGAUCACCAUGCAGACGCUCUUCCUGCUGGUGGACAUUCACCCCAGCGUGAAGCAGAGAUGUUUGGCCGAGCAGAAGAGGAGAAAGCAGAGGGCCACUAAGAAGAUAAGCAUCUUCAUCGGCUCCUUUAUAAUCUGCUUCGCGCCUUAUGUGACUACAAGGCUGGCGGAGCUCCUCCCCUUCGUGGGCGUGAACCGCCACUGGGGCAUCGUCAGCAAGUGCCUGACCUACAGCAAGGCGGCGUCGGACCCCUUCGCCUACUCCCUGCUGCGGCAGCAGUACCGCAAGGUGCUGAUGGGGGUCCUGAACCGCCUGCUGCGCCGCGACCUGUACCCCUCCUCGGGCCCCAGCAGCUCCAUGGACACGGAGAACGACUACUGCCUCCAGAGGAUCACCUAGCGCCGCCGCCGCUACGUAGCACGCGGACCGCCGGGGGGGGGGGGGGGAGGGGGACAGCCGAGGGCCGAUCAUGACAGGGGUCGCGCCCUGGAGGAGGUACAGGAUGGGGAGAGGUGGAGGUGGAGGAGCACUUUGGGAGGGAUUGGGAGAUAAUUACAUAUGGACACUCGCGCGCGUGUGUGUGUGUGUGCGUGUGUGUGUGUGUGUGUGUGAUGGAGAGACAGGGACGGAGAAAAGGGAUGAGAUUGUGAUGGAUGGAGGGGACCAGGUGGGUGUGUGUGUGGGCCUGCCUGUCUCGUCUGCCUGCCUGCCUGCCUGUCUGUCUGUCUGUCUGUCUGUCUGUCUGUCUGUCUGUCU